GUUGUAUAAUAUAAUUUGUAUAAUAAAUGUUGAGAAUAUUUGGAAUUAAUAAAAUAAAAAAAUCAACAAUCGCUAAUAUUGGAAUAGUUUUAGGAGUAACAAAUGCUAUAAUUUUUUACUAUACUUAUACAAAUGUUAAGAAAAAUCGACCUCAAUUCUUACACAUUGAUCCUCCAACCGAAAAACACAGAAUCGCAAUUUUUGACAAUUUAGCUUCAACUUAUGAUUCCACUUUCAAUAACGUUUUCGAAAGACAUGGAAUAUCGAAGGCUAAGAAGAUAUUAUUAAGGAGUGCUAGGGGUCAUGUACUUGAUGUCUGUUCGGGUACUUUGAAUAAUUUACCCUUUUAUCGCAACAUUGAUUCUCUUACAUGUAUUGAUAAAUCACCAAAUAUGUGCCUAGAAAUGGUCAAAAAAAUAGAGAAGGAAAGACCGGAAUUCCCCGUUGUAAUAUUAUGUGAUGAUGUGAAGAGCAUUCCAUUUGAGGACUGCAGUUUCAAUACAGUUGUGAGUACACACUCACUGUGCUCAGUGGAGGACCCAGACGCUCUAAUGAGUGAAGUUGACAGAGUCAUGAAACCUUCAGCCAAGUUCCUCUCGGUCGAACGAGGCAAGAUUUAUUACUAUCCAAUCAGAAAAUUGAUGGAAUUGUUGCAAUUAUAUCCAAAUGAUAAUGUGCCUUGGAAUUACGGUUACUUUGAACAUCGUGAUCCUAUUGACUUGGUGGAUAAGAAAUUGGAAAUAAGCAAAUUUGGAAUAUUUGGUUAUGGCAUAAACUAUUCAAUUCUGGCUCGAAAACGAGAUAAAAGUCCUUCAAACUUCAUACAAAACCCUCAAAUCCUACCAAACGCACACAUUUUCUAUACUUACACUCCAUCAAUGGAUGAAUGUUAGUAGGACGUAUUGGAAUGUUUAUUACGUUGGUACGAUUCCAUGAGGAAUGAGAAAGUGGCAAAACCGAUACAACCACCAACAGUAGCGAAAG